CUCUUGGGCGCGCCGACCCUCUUUCCUCUCGCACACCCUUUUCCCUUUUCCCUCCCUUUCUGCUUCUUCUGUUGCGCUGCUCUUCUUGCAUUACUUUCGCCAUUUCCGUGAGCGCUCUCCAGCAGUUCUUUUUUGGGUAAUCCUGGUACGCAUGACAUGAGCCGGUCUGUGUCAUCCCGGCGCAUGUCGAGGAAAGCCGCAAUUGGCAGCGAGGGACAGCAAUUGGCAGAGUGGCAGAGUGGAGUGCGCGGUGGAGUGUCAUGGAAGUCUUCCAGAAGGCGGCCCCUGUGGGAUUGUGGGAUCCUAAGAUCAGACUAUCUGACACUUUGGCAGCAGGGCGCUCGGGAUCGACUCUGCCCUGGUCCCCUGGUCACCACCACCACCCAGGCCAGCUCGCCAGGUGUGCGUCUGCGUCCUGGUCCCUCGAUGUCUCUCGAUGUCCCUCCUUGUCCCUCCUGGUCCCUACCCAUCCUAAUCGAGCGUUGGAAAUUCAUGCUCUCUCCCAAAGUUGAGCCCUGGCUGUCGCCCUUGGUCCCAUGGUCAAUGGUCUCUGCUGCGAGCUGGCUUCGUACACGUUCCGUCUCGGCCUAUGGCGAAUCACUCACUGGCUUGCUUUAAUUAACCAUGCAUUGAGAAAAGUCGGGACGAAUACUUGAUCGAUUUAAAUCCAUCCCAGUCCCAUCUUCUAACACGCCCUGAAGUCUCGUCGUUCCCUCUAUACCACUCUCUCUUCCCCGCCGUCCGUCGUCGUCGUCGUCGUCACCGAACCCUUCUGACAUACAGUGUCCCUCACUGCUACAUAUUGCUGCUACUGCAUACCAAGUUGCUCAUCUUCUGCUGGUUUCGAGU